AUGGACAGCAAAACAAGCCUGCAUGACAGCGACCGCAUGUCGUUUCUAUCGACCACCACCGACGACCUGCCACCGCCAUAUGAGGAUCUCUCAAGGCCUCCAUCAUCGAUCCUGACCGACAUCUCCAGCGCGACCAUUACCGGACCGACGGCACCAAUCCCCAGCCGUCCGUUCCCUACAGCAUUCAAUCUAUACUACCCAUGGCACGGAAAACCAAUAUCUAGAAACACCAAGUUCUUCAUUGGCGAGCACCUUGAACAGCCCUGCAAUGCCGUCGUUCUCGGUCGUGAGUGGACCGGCAUCGUACUGACCAUCCAUGAGGGGAUCGAGGGCGACUCGCCCGUCAUAGCAUCAACGUACGUCAAGAAGGCAUGGAGCAACACGUCGGCCGUCACUCUGACAUCGAUUGUCGGCGCCGAUGGUCAUCCGGUUGAACAUGAAGUGGAAAUGCAUGCCGGGUUCAAGCACGUGUCUUGGACGUUCAGCGUCGAGGUCUCUAAUGCGGAUGAAAAGCCCCAUGUGGAGAAGUUUGAGUGGCGCUUGUCUCAUGGGAAGGAAGUCAAAGAUCUAGACAAGUGGUCGUGGGGAUGGAAGUUGGUUCGUCUGGACGGGCCUUCCAUCUCUCAGCCAAGCGCGUCUUCGUCCAAACGUGAGAAUCGUGAUCAUGGCUUCACGAGCGAUGGGAAAGAAGUCGUCGCGGUCUGGGCGGCCAACUCGCAUUGGAGCAAGAGCAAGAUUGGCAAGUUCCAGUUCUUGGGCAGUGGGGCGCGAGGUGACUUGGGAAAGGCAUGGUCAUUGAUGGCGGUCGCGACGGUGCUGAAGUUGUGGCAGGGUGGGCUGUCGAGGUCAAGUGGAGGGGGAGGGUUUGCGGCCGGCGGAGGGUCAGCCUAA